ACUGAAUUGAUCCAAAAUUUAUUUAUAGGUAUUUCUUUUUUGAUCGAUCAACCUUCUUUCUUGUAAAUUUAAUAAGCUAAUUUCGAUAUUUCUGUACACUUAUUUGUAAAUUUACUUUGAGGUUAUACUGCUAAAUUUUCUUUUAUUAGCAAUGGAAGAAACAUUAGUAACUCCACCAACAUUUAAGUUGGAUUUUGCCAAAAAAGUUCAGUAUGUUGAAUGGUCUCCAUAUGAAUGGUCUCAGUAUUUAAUCUGCAUUGGAUUAGGAGAGGAAAUUAUUAUAGCAACAGUGAAGUUUCAAGUGAGAUAACGGAAGAUGAUGAUGUUGUAGAGGAUAUCAUUUAUACUCCACUUAGAACAUUUCAUCAUGAUACCAGAAUACAUGCAAUUGCUUGGAGUCCUGAAUCAUCUCUAAGUGUUGUACCUAAAAUUAUCUCUUUCUGUGUAGCUGGAGCAGAUUAUAAAAUAAGAUUGUACAAUAGUGAUUUAGGUGAAACAAAUACAUAUGCGGUUCUAGAAGGUCAUACAGAUUAUGUAAACAGUAUUGCUUACGAUCCAGAGGGAGAACUAUUAGCAUCAGUAUCUGACGAUCAUACUUGUAAAUUAUGGCCAAUCAAAGAAGGUCAAAAUUGUAUUUUGACAUUCUAUCUGACAUCUCCAGGUAUGAACGUAAGCUGGCAUUCUGAAGAAACUGGAAAGUUGUUAGUUGCUGAGAAAAAUGGUGUUAUUCGUAUGUACAAUGUCAGAAGCCAGCAAGCAAUUAUGUCUGUUGAUGCUGGUUCAAUUCCAUUGUCAACUGCUGACUGGGGACCAAAUCCUUUGAAAGUAGCUUGCAUCGCAUCAGGAGAAUUGAUUGUAUGGGAUAUGUCAAAACCAAGUCGUCCAAUAGAAACAAGAACUCUUCAUAUUGAAGGAGGUACUAUGAUGAAAUUUUCCCCAUCAAAUGAAUAUCUUAUAGCCAGCAUAGGAAGACCCGAUAAUUUCUUGAAAAUUACGAAUUUGAAAAAUAAACAAGCAGUUCUAUGCGGCCGUGUUCGUUUAUUUGGUGGUUUGACAUGGCAUCAAAGAUUACCAAUUGUUUGUGCUGGUAGUGAUAGGCAACUUUGUUUUUGGAAAAUAAAUAACAAAUAAAUAUAAGUCAAAACAAAUUUCCAUACAUUUGUAAAUACAGUUAUUUUAAUAAAGAA